AUGGCUUCGCAUGUGGUGGUCACCGAUACCUCGUUUCGACGGCAGAAUAUCAAAGUCACUCCAGGCACUUACAUGACGGAUGUCUUGGAGGAAGCUUGCAAGAAGUUUGGGUUAAAGUCAAGCAACUAUGUUCUCAAGUUUGUUGUCCCAGACGUGGAAUCCUACUAUUCAAAAGACAAUAGCUAACACAAAAUCUCAGAAACAAAGGCAAAUCCAUACCGAUGGAAGUCCCCUUCAGACAAGCCGGUAUCGUCCCCGGCGCAAAGCUCGAGCUAGUCGUCGCCUCGAAAUCCCCGACCGUCAUCUCAGUCGCCCUCCAACUACCGGAAGAAUACGCCGCUAGCGUUCCAGGCGGGAGGUUGACCGACAAGUUCUCAAGCGAUACGACGAUAUGGCACGUCUUACGGAAAUUCGAGAGCGUCGAAAGUAAGAACUUCAACUUUACCGCGCGGGGAAAUACGAAUGUGCAGAAUGGAAAUGUCUUGGAGGCUCUCAUCUUCUACGAAAUGCCGGUUGUGAAUCUGAUGGGGCGCGACUAUGCGGAAUUUACGGAUUUGCAAAAGACGCUGGCGCAGUUUGGGUUUAAUAAAGGCUCGUGUUUGAUUCGACUGAACUUCAAGGGGACGGAUAAACCUUUGGAAGAGGCUAUGGCGAUUAUUGAGGAGUACUUUAAGGAGGAUCCUGUGGAACCCGCUGCGUCCGUAUCUGCAGCUGCUCCGGUGGAGGAUUUUAAUAGUCCGGUUGAUAGCGCAAAAACCACAUCUGAAGAAGCUACACCUAAUACCGAGACUGAAACAAGUCAGACAGAGCCAGAACCAACAGCAUCACUACCAACACCCGAGUCCGAGCAAGAACUAGUCGGCCCCGACCAACGUCCCAUCACAAUAUACUCUGCCCCAACCGGCGACGUCCCCAAAGCCGCCCUCCAACCAUUCCGCGAAGAGGACUACGAGCCCUCCAUAAUCCACGCAAAACUCCACCAAGACCGCCUAAAAUCCAGUACACACAACCAACGUCUCCUCUCCUACGACGAAGUCGAACGACUCGAGAAAGAAAAAGCCGCCAAAAUCACCUCAACCAAGACCGUCAAGAUCAAAAUCAAGUUCCCCGACCAAUCAACCAUCAUCUCUCCCUUCGAAGCCCAUGAAACGGGGUUGGAUCUGCAUAAAUAUGUUACGGGGGUGAUCAGAGUUGAGAAUCAGCCUUUCAAGUUGGGCUGGAUUGAUGCUACGGGCAAACGACAUGUGGUUCCGAAAGAUGGGAAGAAGUUGAUUCAGGAUUUGAGGUUUGAGGGGAAUGUGAUGGUUAAUUUCACGUGGGGGGAGGGAGUGAGUGAUGCGGCGACGAAAGCGCCGACUUUGAAGCCGCAGUUUGCGCAGAAGGCGAAGGAGAUUCCGAUUCCUGAGAUUGUAUCGGCGACUCAAUGUGAGACUGCUGGUGCGUCGAGUUCUGGUGUUGGACAAGCUGAUCCGAAGCCAAAAGCGAAGGGCAAAGGGGGAGUUCCAUCAUGGCUUAAGUUGGGCAAGAAAUAA